AAUUUAUAAUCUGUGAAGUCUGACAUGUGCGUUUUUUGUUGAUAUAUGAUUGUUUUUUAAAUUUGGCGGUAAUUCUACAGAUAUUUCGCCAUUCAAAAACAAUUGCGUCAUCCAAUCGACUAAAUACGUUUCCGAUCGAAUUCAACCGAUUUUAAACGAUCAAAAAUAACGUUCGAAAUACGGUUGCAUUACGCAUCGUAUUCACAUUAGGUGUUUUUUUUUAUUUUAUGUAAAUAUUUUGAGUCUGUUUUUUUACUUUCAAAAUAAAAACCAGACAUACAAAUUUCUUUCCUCCAAAAAUAACUGGCUUCCACCAGAGGAGCAAACGCGAAGCAAAUAAACAGCACAAAAAAAGUAAAUAAACCAUUAAAAAAAUAAAAUCGUUGUUUAUUUUUGUGGACGGACAUUUAAAAAUUAUUUAUAAAUUUAUAACACAUCUGGUUUCAAUAUGCUGUUUCGAAAACAAAUAUUAUGUUCAGUAACAUUAUUCGAGAAUAAUGUAUCUCGCCAAGAACAACUUAAUUCUAUUCAAAAAACGAUGAAUUAUUAAUAUAAAAAAAAUCAAUAUUUUUCUAUAAAUAACUUUAAAAAAAUCGUUUAAAAAUGUUCGAAAAUUUAAUAACACGUAUUACAAGUCCGAAUUCACGACGUCGAUAUAUUUAUAAUUGUCAACCGAUUAAUAAUAGUGUAAAUUCGAAUUCGGAAGCGCAUUCUGAACCGGAACUCGAUGAAGAUGAUAAUAUGCAUGAUGUGUCCGCGCAGCGAAAAUUAGCAUCACGACCAUCACGGAAUGUUAUUGAAAGGCGACGUAUUCGCGGUAAAAAAGUGAUCGAACCUGGUUUACGACAAGCACGAAGUUUGGGACGAUUAGAUGGAUUAAGAGAGGCUGAACGGUUAGCGGAUUAUUCACGAUCGUUAAGUGGAUCUCAACCAACAUUGGCGGAUCCACGAAGUCGUGAUUUAGAUCGUAUACAACAAUUGUUUCCACAAGAUUUUCUUGGACUACAUGAACCGGAUCCAAGUGAUGGAACGAAAUACGGAUUGUAUCGUGGUCAACAACGUUCAGCGUUAACGCGAACAUAUUCCGCAAUAACUCCCACCCCACCGGCUCCACGAUGUUUUCUAAUGGAAGCACCAUGUGCCCUAGGUACACCUGGCAAUCCACAUUCAGCACGUCCUCGACAUUUAUUUUUAUUCUCCGAUGUACUUUUAAUUGGAAAAGCACGAAAUGGUCUCACCUACAAAUUAAAGGAUACCAUUCGAGUAUCCGAAUUAUGGUUGGCAGCAAGUCCCGAUCAUGACACAGGUUUCUUGUUAGGAUGGCCAGGCAAAGAUACGACACCCCGGACGUAUUUAGUUGUAUGGGCAACACACGCAGCCAAAGAUUUAUGGUGGAGUGCGUUACAAAAUGCGCUAGCAAAUCGGUUACCAUUAGAGCCCGCAUUUACAAGUGUGCGAGUGAUAUGGAAAGAUCCAAAUACUAACGAGGAAUGUCAUAAGACGUUAUCAAUAAGUCCGGAAUUAACAUCGGCUGCGUUGACUCGGCUAGCGUUACCACGAACACUUGCUGAUUCUGGAACGUAUACAAUGUAUUGUCGAUGUCGAACGGAUAAUAGUGGUACUGCAACUCCAUUAAAUGGUUAUGAACGUCCGCAUGCUAUCCAGUUGGCACGGAUACGACAGGAUGUUAGCGCUGAUGAAGGUUUCGAUUUAGCACAUUGUAUAAGUUCACCAAAUGCAUCGUCAGCGGUUAUUUUUGAAUUACGCCAAAAUUGUAAAACGUUACCGAAAAACAGAACCCCAUUAAAAUUAUUCCGGAAAGGGAAUGCCAGAUUAUGGGGUGUAUCAUUAAACCGAAUAUGUACAAAUGGGGUCUUACCACCAACAAUAAUAGCAAUAUUACGAGGUCUAAUGUUACGUGGCCCACAUACCCACGGUAUAUUCCGACGAUGUGCAAGUGUACGAUCCGUUCGAGAACUUCGAGAGAAAAUCGACCGAGGUGGUGCUGCCAUCUGUGAAGAACUUUUAUGUACAAGUGCAUUACUAUUAGCAGCAUUAUUAAAAGAUUUUCUACGAAAUUUACCCGAACCCAUAAUCGUUGGUGACAUCAUACAAUGGGUCAAAUCAGCAACGAAAAUUGAUCGUUUACGUUUAUUAAUACAAAAUUUACCACGUGAGAAUAAUUCACUACUGGCCCAUAUAAUUUGUGUUCUGUAUCAUGUGGCAAAACGUUCCGAGCAUAAUCAAAUGAAUGCCAAAAAUUUGGGUGUAUGUGUAGGACCCAGUAUUAUGUGGGGUGAUACAAAUCCAAUUAAAGAAAGUGCAUUAAUUGUGGAAAAUUUAAUUACACAUUGUCGACAAAUAUUUGGACCUCAUGUGAUUUCAUUGUUGGGUGAACCAACGCCGGAUAGUGGAGCUGAAGAAUCUGAUAGUUUACAUUCACUUGUAGAUAGUGUCGAAUUAAGUCGUGAUCAAAAAUCACUUAGUCGUGAUUCUGGUCUCACAUUAUCAGAAGACGAUCGUGAUAGUCCUGGUUUAGCAUGGGCAACAACAUCAGCACAUAUUUCAUCAUCAUCCCCCUACCAUCUACCUCAUCAAACAAAUCACCAUCAUCUCACCCGUUUAAAUCAACAGUCUCAACAGCACAACGGUCUUCUAAUGGAACAUCGUCAAUCAUCGCCAACAUUAAACUUAAACGAUAUUGAAAUACAUCAUGCCACCUUAUUAACACCCCCAAAAUUCAAUCAAAUUCAAUUGAAUUUAUCAAUUUCUCCACCUCCAUCAUCGUAUAGUUUUCAACGUGGUGGUUGGUGGCGACAGGCAGCUCGAGCUUCUGAUUUACCAAAUCGUCCACCUGCCCCGUUGUAUCGACAACCGCCACCAGUAUGCCAUUCUAAAUCAACCGAGUGUAUAUUAAUCGAUGAAUCUGAGUCGUAUGUAUAAAAAAACGUUCGUUAUGUGUAAAAGUGUUUUGGAAAAGCAAUUUUUAUGGACAUUUAAGGGUGAAAUAGCACACAAAUUUUAUAAGUGCCAUUGAAAUUUAUUAAAGUUACCACACAAAAAAAUUGGGAAUCCAGUUUUUUGUAUUAAGAAUGUGGUAACCCCAGUAGAUAAAUCUUAGCAAAGUUUAUUUGACCCAAAUACAAAUAAUUUGCUAAGUUUAUCACAUUUUUUACUUGAAGACGAAUUAUUGUAAAUCGUUUAAUCCAGGGAUGAUAUUUAAUUUUAGGUAUGCUGAAAAAGUAGCUUAAUAUCAGAAGGCAAUUACUCCUCUCAUUUUUAUAGAAUUAUGGCUAUAUUUUGCGAAUUUUUGCGGCAUUGAGCAUUAAAUCGCAUCGUAAUUUGCAAGACUUAAAUGAAAAUCCUAAGGGAAAAGUAUUUAAAGAAACCAAAUUCGAGCAAAAAAAUAUUUAUGCCAAUUGAAAUAUUUUUUGUAAUUCACAAUUCAGGAAGCUCUAAACCUUUUAUUUCUCAAUCAUUACGAAGUUUUGAUCUCAUAAUUGCAGGACGGAUUAACCAUUAGGCAACUGGCUAAGGAUCUCGCAUUGGCUAGAGACCCUCCGAGAAUUGCUUUGCCUGUGGGUCCCGGCAAUGGUUAAUCCAACACUGCAUUUAACUAUUAAAUCGUUUUAUUCAGCGGAGCUUGUUUUGACUGUUGAAAUUUUGAUACCAAAAUCGGAAUAUCAUCCCUGAUUUGUUUCGACUUUGACCGAUAAUAAUAAAACGAUGACGAAAUUAAAACAAAAUGA